AUGGUGGCAGCUAUGUUUGCCAAGUGGACUGGCGACUGGCUCUACUUUGGUAGCCUGUAUGACGUGCAGAUACGCCUCAAUCGUUACCCCUACCUCGGUUUUGACAAGAUCGUCUCAAAGGUCGGAGAUACCAAAGCCUUGGAGUCGAUUGAAUCACGGUGCUUGGUCGGCUUCGUUUCGCGCUGGGACCUGGUGCGGGCGCUGGAUCUGGAUCGUUCACAGGACGUCCGACGCUACGGGCCUACGGCGAUCGUCUGCUUUACAGACCGAGCUCCACCUGCCAUCCUCACCAGAAAACGUGUCUCCACCAGUGUCCUCAGCCCCGAGUUUAGCGAUCCCAACAAGGGCAGUGGUCCGUUCCUCGUCGAUGUUCAGCACAUUGUUGAUCUAUCGCCUACCACAAUCACCCAACAUACUCCCGUUGCAACAAUCGUUGACAUCUUCCGAAGUCUGGGACUUCGACAAACUCUCAUUACCUGCAAUGGUCAACUGCGCGGAAUUAUAACGAAGAAGGACGUUCUGCGCUAUCUUGACACUCUACAAUGA